GCCCAGUGCGGCGGCUGAGGCUCGAGACUGGUGAUGCGACAGGCGGGGCGGCUUGGGGGCGCCGCGGCGCUGUGGCUGCUGCUGUCCGCCCACGUGGUGUCGGCGUUCGAGCCCCUCAGCGUGGGUCUGGCCAUCGGGGCCGUGUCGGCCCUCACGGGCUACCUCUCCUACAAGGACCUGUACUGCCGCUUCGCCGAGUGCUGCCGCGACGAGCAGCCGCUCAACGCCUCGGCCCUCAAGUUGGAUUUGGAGCAGAAGCUGUUUGGACAGCAUCUGGCCACGGAAGUGAUUCUCAAGGCGCUGACUGGCUUCAAGAACAACAAAAACCCCAAGAAACCACUGACCCUGUCCUUGCACGGCUGGGCUGGCACAGGCAAGAAUUUUGUCAGUCAAAUUGUGGCUGAAAAUCUUCACCCAAAAGGCCUGAAGAGCAACUUUGUCCACCUGUUUGUAUCAACUCUGCACUUCCCUCAUGAGCAGAAGAUUAAACUGUACCAGGAGCAGCUACAGAAGUGGAUCCGUGGAAACGUGAGUGCCUGCGCCAGCUCGGUUUUCAUAUUUGACGAGAUGGAUAAGUUGCACCCCGGGAUCAUCGAUGCCAUCAAGCCUUUCCUUGACUACUACGAGCAGGUGGACGGGGUGUCCUACUGCAAAGCCAUCUUCAUCUUUCUCAGCAAUGCAGGUGGGGACCUCAUAACUAAGACAGCUCUGGACUUCUGGAGGGCAGGAAGAAAGAGGGAAGAUAUCCAGCUGAAGGACCUGGAACCUGUGCUGUCUGUCGGAGUCUUCAACAAUAAACACAGUGGCCUGUGGCGCAGUGGACUGAUAGACAGAAACCUUAUCGACUACUUCGUCCCCUUCCUGCCCUUGGAGUACAGACAUGUGAAGAUGUGUGUGAGGGCAGAGAUGCGGGCCCGUGGUGCUGCUGUGGAUGAAGACAUCGUCACCAGGGUGGCAGAGGAAAUGACGUUUUUCCCCAAAGAUGAGAAAAUCUAUUCAGACAAGGGCUGCAAGACUGUUCAGUCCCGACUAGAUUUCCACUGAGUGCUUACCCACACCCGGACCUUGCCCUUCAGAAGCACUUUGAAGACCUCUUCAGGGUUCUGCAUAUUUGCACCUGUGAACUUGGGAUCUAGAAGUUUCUAAGAGUUAACUAUUGAAAAGAUACUAAUCUGUCCUGCGUGCGACAUGAUGGCAGUUCAGCUGUUCCUUGCAAUUGAAUGUGAGCUUUUAGAAUCCUUCAUAUGCACAGUUAUUAACCUUCACGGAAGUGCCUGCAAACAGCUGUGCGUGAGGUGGAGGGUCAUUGGUGACCCACGGCCCGGCCUCUCAAGCCAGUGCUUUGACCAAGGGCCCCAGGGACCCUGCUAUAGUUGGGAGCAUCAGGUUUUCACAUGCCAAAGUCAUCUUGCUCUGCUUUUUCUUUGCACAGAGCACAUUCACUGGCUGGUAGUAUUUUUAGUUAACAUCAGUGGCCCUGCAGGUGCAGAUGGUGUUGGCGAGGAGGAUGUGGCCCUACACACCGGCUACUCUUGUCCUGGGCUGGACUGUCAUCCUAAGGGUGAAGGUGCACCCAGGCCCUGUAAGCAGACCAGGAUCCAGAGUCCCUCGGGUCUGGCCCUGGCCUUGGAAUUCCCACUGUCUGCUUGGUGAGCCUGCCAGCUCCUUAUACCAUGUCCUCCAGACACGCCACUACCAGGUUUCCCCAGCCCCUUCAUGCUACAUUUGCCUGUUACACUUCCCCUGUGAGUAUGUGCAGCUCAGCAGGACCGGCGGGUGCUCUGAGCUGUGCUGGCCUGCAGAGCCUGAUUGUGGAGGGAGCAAAAUGCUUAAGCGCCUCCUUAAACAUAAGUGUAUUUUGCCGGGCUCCGUGGUGCACGCCUAUAAUCCCAGCGGUUUGGGAGGCUGAGGCUGGAGGAUCACGAGUUCAAAACCAGUCUUGGCAAU